CAUAUGACUUCCAUUUCCUGGUACAGUCGGCUGAGCUCCGGACCAAACACCGCUGACUGAGCGUUACGAACGGGUUUAUUCAUCGUCUCUCCUGUAGCUGACACUCCAAAACAUAUCGAGCGACCAUGUAUCGAUAUGCUUCAGUUGUUUUUUUGCCUCGGCUUUGUAAUCGCGGUCCAGCUGUCACAAGGCACUGAGGUGACUGUCAAAGACAACAACAACAACACAUGCCUCUAUGCCAAUCUGAUGGUCAACUUCUCAGUCUCCUAUGAAGUAGCUAGCAAUAAGAGUGCAACAGUGAAUUUUGAACUUCCCAGUGAAGUCACAACAAAUGGAAGUACUUGUGAUAACACAAGCUCAACGUUGAAGCUCAAUUUUGGUGAAGGAUGCUCCUGGAGCUUGAACUUUACCGUCAAUGGAAAAAUGUACCAGGCUGACACCAUCACCUUUACCUACAACCUCAGUGACGCAAAUGUCUUCCCCAAUUCUGUAGUUAAUGACACCACAACUGUCACUGUGAAGCCUCAAAUCACAGACGUAGGCGUGGACACCUGCUACUCAUGCAAUAGUAAAGAGACGCUAGAGGCGGACGGAGUCAAUCAGACGCUGUGGAAAGUGCUCAUACAGGCUUUUGUCAGGAACAACAGCAUAAGUGAAAACAUUACUUAUUGUGCUGCUGACAUACCCACGACCCCAGUUGCCCCUACCACUAAUCCCACCACUCCUAGCCCUGUCACAAACUCUUCCACUGCCCUUCCUCCGACCACCACCCCGACCCCCACCCUCCCCACACCCACAGCUGGGAAGUACAGCAUCAAGUCUGAUGAAAACAGCACAGCCUGUCUGAUGGCCAACUUUGGCCUGCGGAUCAAGGUCAAGACAGAUGAGAUGAACUUUGAGCCCAACGGGACAACAGUCUCUGGCUCAUGCGGAGUCAACACCAGUCAGCUGGUGUUGACGUCCAGCUCAAUGACAAUCGCUCUCACUUUCGCCAAUGACACAAAGAAAUUCCACCUACAUGCUCUGAACAUCACCGGAAAGACGAGCUCUGGUGUGGAGUUUUCUGAAGUGAACACCAACCUGAGUCUGUGGGAGGCGACUGUCGGCAGCUCCUACAUGUGCAACAAGGAGCAGAACUACACCAUCACCAGCCAGCUCACCCUCUACACCUUCGACCUUCAAGUACAACCUUUUGGAGUCACGAAGAGUAGUUUCAGUACAGCCCAUGAAUGUUCACUGGAUGACACCAACAUCUUAAUCCCAAUCAUUGUUGGCGCUGCUCUGGCUGGCUUGAUUCUCAUUGUAGUGAUCGCUUACGUGAUUGGUCGAAGAAAGACUUAUGUUGGAUAUCAGACCCUUUAAAUCCAGUUUUCUAUCAAUAUCACAGGGUUUCCAAGCCUGGUCCUUGGGUUUCAUGUGCAAUUGUUUAAUUGGCAAAUCACUUGAAAAACAUCAUCAAGAGCCAAAAUCUAAACUAAAGUCUCUGGAAAAAAAUGCAUUAUUGAAUUUACUGGUCAUUAUGAGACAUGAAAUGCUCAAGGAGCAUUUUUUAAUAGCAAUUUCCUCAAUAGUUUGUAAUGAUACUAUAAUAAGGAUUAAACCCGUAUGUAAAGAUGGAGGGUUUGGUGUUUUUGUCAAGGACCAAACUUGUCUUCCCCCAAUGUUUCUUUUUUUUGUUUCCGGGAUGUCUUCCCUUUUUUUUUUUUCAUUGUGUUUUUUGGUUAAUGAGCAAGUGCAACAUCCACACAACCUUUUUUUUCAUUUAAGUAAUCAUAAUCACAUGAAAGGUGACUUUCAAUACAAUAUAUAGAGUUUAUUCACAUGUACAGUACACUGUACAAAAGCCACUUUCAUUCUUAGCAGGAGAUGUGAUUCAAUUUAAAUCAGUUGCUGUAGGAUCCUGCACUUGCUCUGCAGACAUUCCCUUUUUUGUUUCCACUUGUCACUGUUUAAUCUUUGUGCACAUUUUAAUUUUUACAUUUUCAUUAUGGUUUGACUGUUCAUCCACAUAAUUAUUUACAUUAUAAAAAAACAAUAAUUAUCUUUCUUUCUUUCUUGGGGCAAGUCACAAAGAUGAAAGUAGUGCUUUUAGCCCAUGUUUUCCCCUGUAGAGCAGGAGAAACAUUGGAGUCAUUGUCCUGAUUAUGUGGCUCAAAUCCUAUUUACAAUAUGACAUCAAAGUGUUUGUUGUUAUAUAAAUAAAUAGAUUCGCGCAGUAAGUCCAGGUGUAACAAAGGACAUUAACGAGGUCUCAUUUACAUUUAGAUGUACCGGUACAUCGUUAGUGUCAUUAAUCACACCUGUGCCUUUCCUGCUGUACAAUGUCAAAAGGUCUCUUACAUAUGCACACGCAGAGAAUAAAUCAGACCAACAUCAACUGUUCUUUUCUCACAACCAGUUUUGGCAUUAGGUUUAGAAAAGGGAGAGUUUGGUUCAGUAGAUAUUCCUUUUUAAUGAGGAUAUUUACAUAUAAAUGCACUAAGGCGCAGCAUUAUGUUGAGACUGUUGUCACAUUGUCUCCCCUGUGCGUGGGCUUGGCCUGAGCUGAAGAGGGCUGCAGCUGGACCAGGGGGCGUUAAAGCCCCUGGCAACGUUGUAUGAACAUGAACGAACGAGAAACUAACGAAAAAUGUCCGAAAGUAUUUAUUCACGUAGAAUUUAAUACAAUAGUUUGACAUUUUGUCUCCAGUUAUUUGCUUUCUUACUGAGAGUUUGAUCUGAAUAUUCAGUUCGAUAUGAAUCUUCAGGCCGGAGACAGUUGAGCUUCGCACAAAGACUAGAAACGGUGGGACAAGCCGGGCUCUGUCCCAACCAAAACGUCUCCCUACCAGCAUCUCCAACGCUCACUUGGCAUGUUCCAUAAUGUUUGAGUGUUAUUGAUGUUCUCAUCUAGCUCUCAGAAAUAAAGCACACAAAAACACUCCUUUUUUUAAAAGCUCAUCUUCUGUGUUUUGAUCCGUGUUUGUUCAACAGUGCUGGUAAAGAACAAACAAUCCCAAACACGUCGUUAGAUUUUGGUUACAAAAUUGCUGAAAAGCAAAAGAAACAAUCAUUUAUGUGAAACAGACCAAACUGUUUUCAUGAAGUAAGCCGAAAGCAGGAGGCUUUUAAGUCAGGUAAAUAGUGCAGGUUAGAGUUACUCAGUAUCAGGGAUGGAGUCGAGCCCCAGAAAGUGUAUUUCUGUAUUAAUAGAAACCAAUGUUGCACACAGUAGUUGCUGUGUAUUGUUGCUUAAUUGUUGUUGUGUACUAUUAUCCUUGUUACUAUUCAAGACUGGAGACAAGCAGGCAGCAAACUACAUUGAAUAUGAGUAGAGAUAGUUGCAUUUUUAAUUAAGUUGCGUAAAGAAUUGGCUUUCCCAGGAUAUUUUGCAUGUGUUGAUAAAUAGUUCAAAUAUGAGCUUUAUUUUUUGCUUAUAAUUGUUGCGUUCUUGUAUAUUUCAGCUUUGUACAAUCUCAGUUACCUUAAUUCUAAAGAUGGGUUUUGCAGCACUGCUAUAGAUGUUUUUCUUUUUCUCAACCUUAAUUUCCUUUGUUCUCAAUAAAUCAUUUUAACAGGUUUAUCAUCAUGACGGCUGUGCCUUGCUUAAUGAUACAUUUCUCUUUUUUUCAUUCAAUAACUCGCUCAGACGCGUCAGAAACCUUUUAGUUUGGUUUCCCUUCACUGUUUGAGAACAUUGCACACACAAUUCAUUAAAGGGAAUGUGUGCUGCAAGACCAUCUUGAUCAAGAUAAAUUAACUUGAGUGUUGUGUGAAUAGUGAGGAUUUUGUCUCCAUUCACUCACACUGUUUGCUAUAAUACGUUGGAUUUCAAAUUGUCUGACAGACUGUGGAGCUUUUUAGCCUUUUAAGAUUGAUGGAAAUAAAAAAUUUGUUUCUGCCCUGGACACCCGAGUAAAUGUUUAUUCUUGUUCAAAACUGUUGCUGCUUUAAAUACUUGGGGGGGUUCUUAAAGUCAGUAAGCAGGCUACGCCUUUCUUUCAGCCGUUCAUGCCUUUAACCAUUAAUAUUUUACUUCUUCUCUAAGACAUUCACCUCUCUGCUCUCUUCACCCCGUCUAGCUGAGGAUUGCCAGUCUGAUGCGGAGAGCUUCAUUGUUCCCGUAGCUGUCGGAGUUUCCCUGCUUGUUCUCAUUCUUAUCGUUCUGCUGGCCUACUUCAUCGGGAGAAAGAGAAACAUGGGCUCCACCUACGAGUCUUUAUAAUUAACCUUCCCUCGUUUAGCUCUUAACGCUCUUCAAAUGAUAGUCAGUGUAUUGCUACAUUUUGACAAACAAUUGUGUUGUAUUGACAUUUCCAUGUAGUGUUUCGUGCCCAUACUAAUUUUAUAUUUUGGGAAAUGUGCAAGAAAAUUGGAACCACUCCUUAAUUAUGAAGCUGUAGCCGGUUAGCUUAGCAAAAUGACUUGAAACGGCCUAAAGCUCAUAGAUGAACAUGUUAUAUCUUAUUUGUUUCAUACGUACAAAGCCAGUAGUGUAAGAAUGCAAUGGUUUCUACUGGAUUCAUAUGCUAAAGUCUUAAAUGACGUGAAAUAAUUUGAUGAAACCGCUCUUCUAGACCUUUCAAUUUUGUUUUAUUUGACUGAAUGGAUAAAGUUAUGAUAAUAUAAAGAACACGUUUGGGGUGUUUGAGAUGCUGCAGAAAAAUCUAUUGAACUGACUUCAAGCAAGAGAAGCAAUUUGCUUCUUGACUAGUCUGUUUGACUUUCUUUAAGAAUGUUAUUUACUCAUACUGCAUUAAUGUUAAUGUUCACAAACACCAAUAAGUCACAUUCACUUGAGUGAUUUUCCUUUUUGCGUCUGGAAUAUUUGAUAACCCUUUCCUCUGAUCUCAAACUUUCUGUAGGUUCUGCUCUUCCUCUUUACUCUAACCCUGUGUGGACUAUACAUCCCAAAUCCCUCUCUAGGUAAUGUUUCCUGCUGACUAAAACCACUAACCUGCUGUCUGUCUGUCUCUCUUUCUGUCUGUCUGUCAGCUGAAGAAUGCUUCCUGGACUCUGAUUUGAGCUUUUUGGUGCCCAUUGCAGUGGGCGUGGCGCUCAGCUUCCUAAUCAUCCUUGUGCUUAUCUCUUACCUGAUUGGUCGGAGGAAGAGUCGUACUGGCUACCAGUCUGUAUAAUCCAACCUCGCUGCUCCCGCCUCUCGCUCCCUUUUCAACCCUCACGGCUCUCAAACACCUUCCCUGCCUGUCAAUGCAUCGAAAGCAUCCCAAAUUUCCCCCCCAUUAAUGUUUGCCUAAAAAUAACCUUUAGCUUAUUUCUCGUACACGUUUCCAAAUGUAUCCUUUUGUUUUUGCUUUAAUGCCAAUGACUAAAUCGAGUAGCAUAACAUUUAUGAUCAAUAUUGCAUCAUUUGAUUGUAGAUUGCAUGUUUUGAAAAUUAAAUUCAUGGCUGUGAGAAGCCGCCCACCUCCUCCCUCCUCCCUGCCCAGAGAGGCCUUUUCCCCUCUCGCUUUCCGUGCUGUAUAAUAGUAUAUGUGUAAAUUACUCUCUUGUAUAGAAUGACUGACAUUGAUUUUUGAUGACGUGAAUGUAACGAGCAAGCUCCACUGUUCCAUCCCACGCGCCAAUGUUAUUGCGUUGUAUUAACCUUCAUGUAACAUAAAUUAUGCCUAAAGGAAACACUCCCUUUUGCACUUUGUCAGUAAAUUGUAGUUUGACGAAAGGGAAACUAACUACGACACUUUACCAGCAUCGGGACCAGGUUAUCUUUGUUUUUUGGGGAAUGUUUCGUGUUUCCCUAACCGUCAUGAAGUUGAAAUGUACACUUUACAUUUAAGUGUUUGGUGAAUCGAUGAUAGUGUUGUACCCUUGUUCUCU